UUUUAGAGCCUCACUAUGUCGUUUUUGAAAACGUCCCGUAGGUCCUCGUUAGUUUAGGAUAUAGCAGUAAUAAUGUAUCUACUAGUAUACAACUUGGUGCGGCUAGUCUUCUGGGCUUCCGUUGUAUUAAGGGGUGCAGAGGGGACAACCCUACACUCAAGAGACGACAUAAUCAGAGGGGCAGAAGGGGCCGACUAUUGGUUAACUCAUGAAGAUUGUCUCAGGAUCGCAACUCUCGAUAUAAGGGGAAAGAAGCUAUCUGUACAUGAAUGGGCGCUAGUAAAUGAAGUCAAGUACCGCCUGCGAAGAGGGGAGAAUAUAACCCUAAUAUGUCAAGACCUUGACAACCUCAGGAAUAAGGGCACGUAUAAUGCGCUCGUAGAUAACGGAGGGAGCGAUCCGGUUGUCGUUACAUACACGUACUCAGGGGAGGAAGUGUCGCACAGGGCGUCUCUUGUGGGUGGAGAUAGGGACCAACCGAAAGACUUAUCCCAUGUUAACAGAACAGCUGGACUAGGACACAGGUUGAGCAGGCGGACUCAAUCCCAAUUUAGAGAAGGGAUGGCGUUUUCGCAGGAGAAAUAUCGCCAACAAGACCACUCCAGCGACUGGUUCAAGGACCAAGAGGAUAGAAACCAGUUUUGGAACGAUAGCAGGGCAGUGGACCCAGUGGAAAGUGCGGAAUCAGUUGGUGGCCUCCUAUCGAUCAAACUCUCCUGGUUGUACCUUACGAUACGACAUGACUUUGGAAAACAUAGCAGGACACCCUAAUUGGGCAGGUUCACUGGAUUGCAUGUGGAGAGGCGACUAUUUUUGGUUCUCAGGUAAGGACCAACACCAAGCAGCUGAAUUUGGCUGGGAGGAUUUCUGGGUCAAUAGAUGUGAUGGUUGCCAUGUAGGUAAUCAAUAUAUUACGAAGGAAUCCGACUGUAUUCUAUAGUAAGGGCCGUGAUGGAACGGGGACCUAGGGGAGCCCGAGACGAAGAUAGGUAUCCCACAAGCCUCAGGGACAGGACGACCCUAGUGUAGAGAAGGAAUAGGCAAGGAGGGUACAUUAGCAUAAGUCAAACAAGUUACAGUACCCAGAAGUGUCACCACC